GAGCACUCAGGGAGUGGUGAGGAGGUGAGGGCUUUGCGUUAUACCCCAGAUACCUAUAUAUAUAUAUAUAGUGUUACGUAGGUCUUAGGUCCAGGGGUUAUUAGCAACAUUUUAGAAAUUUAGUUUUAAAUUUUUGAUUCCAUUGAUAGUCGGCCCGAGUGCUUGCAGACUAAUAUUCCAAAGAAACGUAUCACGGAAGCGAAGAAAGGCAGCGUGUUCUCUAUUUUUCAAUUAGCAUCAUGGACUUAUUUCAAGACCUCUUCAAUGAACUCGAUGCCACCCUUAGUAAGCUCCAUAAUUGCGUACGAGAUGUCAUUGAGGCAGACACCUUGCCUGAGAAGAAAAAACAGGAGAUGGCUGCACGCCCACUCGUUCGCGAGGCUCGCAGUAUGCUUUCAGCUCUGAGGGCUGAGGCUCGGAGAACCGAGGAUGAACAAGUUCGCAUAAAUUGUGAGGCGAUGUGCCGACUUCGUGAUGAAAGGAUUAGAAAUUGUGAGAAGGAAAUGAGAGAGCAGAUUUACCCUACUCGGGCUUCUGCGCGUCAGAAAACAUUGCAAGAGCAGCGCGAAGAAGAACUACUGGGGGAAGGUAGACUGGACGGUAGUGGCUUCACAAGCUCUCAGAAGGUUUUACAUGCAGCUGUGAACAUUCAGAAGGAUGCUCUUGAGUCUAUUCAACGCUCCGAGCAACUGCAGCACCAGACGGAAGAAACUGGCAGAACUACCUUGCAAACAAUACAGAAGCAAGGUAUGCAAAUGUACCAAGUUGAUGAGGAGCUACGUGAUAUCAAUGGCAUGUUGGACCGUGCUUCGCGGGACUUGCGCUGGUUUUAUAGGCAAGUUUCAGCUGAUAAAUGCUUCCUUGUGCUUUUAGGAUGUUUAGUUGUAGGUAUGCUGGUAUUGGUGUUCGUUUCUAUUUAUAUGAAACGAAAAAGGGACGCACAUAAAACAUAGUGUCAUGGAUUCUUGCUCUAGAUAUUGAAUAACAUGGGUUGUACUUGUCGUAAAAAUCUCAUUUAAUAGUGAAAAGAAAACCCUAAUGUCGUGGGGUAAACAACGCUUUUAAGAGGACAAAGAGGUGUGAAGAGAGCGGAGAACUGAAGUGAGCUCAAAACAAAAAGAAUAUACGCUCAGUUAUUGCUUCUUGAUGGUCGAAAAUUUCCCCCUGUAACUCGUUUCUAAAGCUUUAUUGCACAAUAUAUCUUUAUGGUCGAUAAAUUCAUCGAGUAGUAUUCUCACGCUUGUGCGUCGUAUAGCAUAGAUAAUCUUCUUGUCAUAUUUCAUUUCAUUAACAUUUGACUUUUGUUCUUCAAGGGUAUAUGUUUUUUCCUCUAUGCUUCUUGAAGCUUUUAGUGCCCUGUUUCUUUUUCGAUUACUUUUUUUUGCAUUUGCCUAUACCUUUGCAUACAACAAAAUAAAUAUAUUAAAUUGAAGUGCUUAUGCACAAUGCUUAAUUUGUGCGUUUAAA